AUGAACAGUUUACUCAUCCUCAUCCUUGUGAACAGCGGCCUGGGCUUCGCGUUAUGCUGCCGCCUCAUUGAUGAAUUUCUCUACACCCGGCCACAAUCACAAACCCUCCACAUCCUCUUCUCCACACGAGAUGUCAAGAAGAGUGAAGACACUUUGCAGCGUCUCCGGGCACAUUUGCAACAAGCUCUCCGAGCGGCCAAUGGCACCACGCUUGGCAUUAGCCUCCUGUUGGAAUCUCGCGUCAAACUGGAAGGCGUUCUGGUCGAUUUACUCAAGCUUUCUACUGUCAAGGCUUUGGCCGAGCAACUUCUUCGUCGAGGCCAGCAGAUUGAUGCAUUAGUUUGGAAUGCGGGCAUUGCUGGCUGGAGCGGUAUAAACUGGCCCAAAGCCAUCUGGACGACAACAAUAGACCUCAUCCACGCGACAACCUAUCCGAUGUAUACGAACYGCGACGUGGGACUUUCGACAAAGUCUCAGACUGGAAAGACCGAGCCCAGGCUGGGUCAAGUCUUCACUGCCAACGUCUUUGGCCACUACAUGCUUACCCAUUGGCUGAGUCCCAUCAUGACGGGAGAAAGCCGCAUUGUCUGGCUUUCCAGCGUCAGUGCUGUUCCCGACACGUUCUCUCCCGAAGACAUUCAAGGUCUGAGGAGCCUUCACGCAUACGAAGCAUCCAAGCGGCUCACAGACCUGCUUGUCCUGACCUCCGAACUCCCAUCAUCAAGACCUUAUGUCCAAUCCUUCCUCCCAGCACCAGAAACAAAUUCGAGACCCAAAAUGAUUGUUGUUCACCCUGGUGUGGUUUGCACAUCGAUCGCUGGACUCAAUCUAAUCAUGGAAUUGCUCAUGGUCGCGACAAUGUAUAUCGCGCGUUGGCUCGGAUCACCCUGGCACCUAGUAACGCCAUACAAAGGAGCAGUCAGUGCCGCAUUUGCUGUUCUCUCUUCUCAGCUCCCCAAUUCGGAAGCACAGGAAGGCAAAGGGAAGUGGGGAUCAGCGGUGAGUGUCUCUGGUAAUGAGAGGGUCGCACGUACUUUCGUUGAUGGAUGGGAUUAUUGCGGUCGAGUUGGUGUCGUGCCUGAUGGAAGCGUCACUGGUUCUGCGGGACGAUGGCGUCAAAGUAAGGAACUCACUGCGGGAAGCAGACAGGAGUUUGAGGUCAUGGGCAGAGAUGCUUGGAAGGAGUUGGAGGAGAUGCGGGAAGAGUGGGAGACGCUUUUGGGACCUAUUGAUCAGACUGCCUCGGUCGAUGUGUAA